CUGAAGUGGGUAGUUGACGAAUAACAUGAUCUUGAAGAGAAUUUAACUUAACAAUAUAUUCAUGUAUAAAGGUUAGUGUAUAUUUAGUUGCUGAUAAUGCCCCACUAUUAGUGAACGAUGACCGAAAAACUCAUCUGAGAUGCUGGAGUCAGAAGGCUGAAACGGCUUGUGACGGCUUGUUAUCUGUGCUCAGGAUAAUCACAGACAGCUUCAGGGUGCUGCAAGUCUCCAGGAAACCCCUCCGGAUCCUGACAUCACACGCUGCUCUCUAGUAACAAAACUACGCCGGUAAAAGAGGGCUAUUUUGAAGAGAAUGGAAGAUAAAAAGAAUUACUCCGGUCCUCUUAUGAUUGCGCUGCAAUAUAAUGACCUGUUUGACUUGGACUCGACCUCAACGUCCACAAACACAGAUGUACUACCCAAAGGCCGAGCAUUCACUUUUAUUAAGGCUGUGCAAGCAGUGAAUGAGAGACUUGUGGAACAGAACAAGACCGAAAGUUUGCUUUUUGAAGUGAUCCUGAUUGCAAAGGAGUGUUCGGAAGAAAUCAAAAUGAAGAUAGUUGAGAGUGUAAAGCAUUAUGGUCUAGAAAUUGGUAAAUUUUUCUUUUACAAAAAGGAAGAACUCAUAAAUACUCUUCAGUCGAACAAAGUUAAGCUGUUCCUCUCUACUGAAAGGGAUGAUGUCUAUGAAGCUCUGCAUACAGGAAUUCCAGCUGCUUUGCUGUAUGAUCAGGCUGAUGAUCACGUCCUCAAUCGGCUGAAGGUCAUUUUCUCAGGCGAUGUUAUCGGUUUCUCUGAGGAUUCACUUGAUAGUCUUUCAGAUUUUGGAUUCAGUGAAACCCAAAUACAGACCUUCAAAGCAGCAAAGAUCUGCAUGAAGGAGUUUGCCGUUCUGAUCGGUCAGAUGAGAGGGAGGUUUGGGAAAGAGAACAGCCCUCUCUGUACCUGUGUCUUAACCUCGUGGGGCUCUAGAAAUGUCUGUGCAUCUGCCCUGAAAACUCUUCGGGAAUGGGGUGUGGAUGUGGACGAGGCGUUUUGUCUGGCUGGAGCUCCUUGCAGCCCCAUACUGGCUGUAGUUAAACCCCACAUACUGUGGGACGGCGGCCUUCACAACAUGAGGGACUUGUCCACCCAGUGUCAGUAGCACUAAGCUGGACGUACAAGUGUGGCUUACCUUUAUUUUAAUCCAGUGCCAAUUCUGUUCUCUUGCUGUUACACUUGACUUUGCAUAUUUUAUUCAAAAGGGUUAUGUUGUAAAAUAAGAAGCAUCCAUAUGGGGUGAUUAGGGUUUAAUAGUAAUUCACAGUACUAUAUAUAUAUAUAUAUAUAUAUAUAUAUAUCUUUUAGGGGUCUGUAUGAAGUUUUUCUAUGUUUACAAAAAUUAUAGUACAUGCUUGACUGUAGGAAAAAAUUAAAAACAAGAUUAAAUACCCCCAAUGUACUGAAAUUAAAUGCAGCCAUAUUUAGAAGACACCAUAUGAGCAAAAUCUGAGCAUUAAAUGUCAUAAUAUAUUUUAUAUAAUCUAAUUCACAGAGUCGGCAUGCUUGCACCAUCGUUAAAGUUGAUCCUAACAUGGCUUGGGUUGAAUUUCAGAAAGGCACUACUUUCAGCUAAACAGCUGCGAUAUCAUAUAUUGAAACAAGUUAUAUAUAACAAAUAUAUAAUAUUAAACAC